UGUUCGCUGCAAGUCACAACUGUACAAUCAACAACGUGGCAGACUAGCUACUUUUGGACAUAAAUUCAGGUAAAUUCUAAUCUCGGUUGUUCAGUUUGUGAAAUACCUUUUAACUACCAUUAAUACCAUAGAUUAAGGAAUGAAUAGAUGGCUCACUCCUUUGAUGUUUUUGACGCUGCCGGCGCCCACGCAUGUUCUUGCCAGAGUAAUGGCGGCCUAGCAAGUAACUGUAGUAAAAUGCAUUGUAAAAUUGACAUCCGUGCUAUUAAAUCCUGUAUUUUUCCGCUUUUGGGGGGUUUAAUGGAAAGAUAAAUCAGAAUUAUAAAAAUACAGAAUUUAGUAGCACCGAUGUCAAUUUUACAAUGCAUUUUACUACAGUUACUUGCUAGGCCGCCAUUACUCUGGCAAGAACAUGCGUGGGCGCCGGCAGCGUCAAAAACAUCAAAGGAGUGAGCCAUCUAUUCAUUCCUUAAUCUAUGAUUAAUACUUCUUAUAUUAUCUAAUAUUGCGCUUUUUCAUGCAUUAUGAAUUUUAAAGCUUUACUCAUUGUUUUGACUGUCGUUUGUCAGGUAAGCUGUUCUAACAGAAAUUUUACUUUUCACUAUACUAGUUACUUCAUGUUUCUGCCCCAUGACCAUGCAACAGUAGCUACGAGUCCACUGGGAAAGAAUAAAUACGGGAGACUUGUGCAAUACUAUUUUAUUCAAGAAGAUAUACAAUAUAUGCACAAUCUAACCAUGCUUAUGUCAGCAGUGAGUUUUAUACCAUGUCCGUUUGGUUGAACCACGUUUAAGUCCGUAUUGAAUUUUUUACAACAUCAGAUCACUUUUAGAGUAAUUCACUUUAAAGCCGUCGUUCACAACAAGGCGUGUAUUACCACGGGCUCUGCAUUAUCUAACCAUGCCAGUAAACUUGGGGCCAACGUGCAGCCUCACUGGUCAGUUAACUCGGCCUUUUCCGGCUAUGCCGCCCUGUAAAAUAAUAAGGUAUUAUCGUGUAGUCCGUGUGUUGUGACCCGAUAUCGUUCACUUUCAUUAAGCAUGUCUUAGAUCUGAAAUAUUUUGACGGGAACCAACACUUUCAAGCACGCUGAGUUCAAAUCCGAAAAGUUCCCACUCCGUAGACCCGCAGUUUUCUUACAAAUUGCUGUUUUAUCUUCAAUAAUUACACGACAAAUUUUUCAUUGUUCAACGACACGGAUCGAUGACGAUACACGAAAUAUGUCACUCAAAAGGACCAAUUUCUAUUAAGCAGUGUUCCUUUUAACAAAAGACCGGUUUUGCUCGAAUCAUUUUGAGUUAUGCAAUCUUAUGCGUGUUGGACGUAAACAACAUAUCUUGUCUACAACUUUGAGAAAGUACAAAUAACGCUGUCUAAAAUCCUCAUGCAGUUCUAGAGAUAUCUCUAUAAAAUCAUAAGGACAUUAAUGCGAAGUCUUUUGGCUAUGUCACUGAAAAUAUUUCAGAUCUAAGACAUGCUUAACGAAAAUCGUUUUCUAGGCACAUUUUUGAGGUCAUAACACACGGACUAGUAGACACAAAAAAUUAAUUAUCUGAAGAAUUAUGAGUUGGCUAUCCUUUUAUGAGCAAAUUCGAUCUUUAACUAUGAUGUUUGUGAUGUUACUCUGAGUCAUGAUAUCCACAUCGGGGGGGCUUGAAAAAUAUGCCCGGCCACGGUAGGAAUCAAAUCUACGACCUUUGGAAUACUAGCCAAUACUAUCGAAGGAACUAGAUUCUGUUCCGAAUAUCGAAGGAACUAGAUGAUACUAUCGAAGGAACUAGAUUCUGUUCCGAAAUAUCAUUACGUGCGUAUUGUAUUUCUGCCCAACUACCCAAUAUCAAUGUCUUAGGAAAGUCACCUGCACAAGGUGUAACACAUAUCUGUUUAAAUAUAUCUAUAAUGGUAAUUGCACUGAGUGGAGUGCAAUUUGGUCUGGCUUGAUUUCAGACCAAAAUUGCACGACACGAAGUGCAAUUUCCACUUUAUUAUCAUUUUGAAAUCUCACUUUUAAAGAAUUGUGUAAAACGGAAACAGUUCUUUUUUUACGAAGACGCCUUCCUGAUACUUGCCUAAAUACCGUUGCGUAGCAACAAGCGAAUAAGUUGAACUUUCUUUAAACAUACCAUAGGUUUUUUAGCAAUCUGAUAGGGUUUUGAUGCGGUUUGUUCAUAGUCAAAUAUCAACAAAUUAUACCAUUUACGAAUUACCUUGUUUAGUUUAUUUGCCUGUAGCUUUAUUAAGUUACUUUUUGUUGGUAUUUUCGCCAUUCUUUCACAACGAUUUUGUUCCCACUAUACCUGUAAAAAAUUGGCCAAGAUGGCAAUACUCUGAUUUGUUUAUUUUGCUCAAUUUACCGGAUAACAUUUUUCUUAAAAUUGACUGGCUAAAUGAAUUCUACACUUUCCGUUGAUUGGCUGGCUACCGGUCACCACUUCAACACGAUUGGUUUUAAAAUGAUGCUAUAAUGACAACUCAUGUUGAUGCGAGCAAAGCUCAAAGUAAUUGGAUUAUAGCUCUAAAGCCCUGAUUCCACGAGCGCUUUUUGUCAGAGAAAUGCGAAAUAUUUCAGUGCUUUUUUGAACUAUAUGUCUGGGACGGCAAUUAUCCCCCCCCCCCACGGAAAAAAAUUGCCCUCCCAGUAAAGCCAUUUCUGCCCCCGAAGUGCGAAGCAGCAUUUCUCAUGAUUGCUGUUAGAAUUGCCGUUGAUUUACUUGAUAAUGAGAUUAUGCCCUUCCGUAGCCCACUCCACAGCCAUCUUGAGUGUAAUUCAUAUUGUUCUUCACCGAGUAUGUCACAAUAGCGAUACAUUUCAUGCAAACAAUCCGGGGAAUUAAUUGAUCUUGGACUCUCGGGACCGACUGUUUGCUGGGCUUUAUGCCUUUAUCUCUGGUUUUGUGUGCCAAACUGGGGCAAAAAUACCACUGUUCGAAUCAGCGUAAACCUUUGUAUUUAUGGAUGGAAAUUGAUUUCAAAAUUGGUUUCAAUUCGAGCGAUUCGUGGCUUUUAAAAAGACAAGCCGCUGAAAAUAAUCCUUUCAUGUUUUCUGAAUUCCUUUUUUCGAGGAAAGUUUUCUUUCCAAUUAAUCUCGGAUUCUGCCUUAUCUCUGGUUUGUGCGCCCAAUAAGGACAAAAAUACCACCGUUCGAUUCAGCGUAAGAAAUUGUACUUAUGGGUAUCAGAUGUAUUAUACUAUACAACAGUAUUCUAGAGAUUUAUGGCCUUUGAAAAUCAAGCGAAAUUGUAUUGGUGACAAAUCCUUCAAAAUUAUUAAACUAAUUAAAAAUGCAGUCUAUUUGAUCCUUCCUUACUUGGUAUCGUUGGCUUUCUCUUUUCGGCCUUCUACCAGUGUAUUCGUCUCACUUUUCUCUUCAUUUUGAUAGUAUUUUGAGCCCAAAAAAUUUUGCUGAUUUUGAAGGCUUUAAAACGCAGUUUUGAUCCUAACGUAUACGGACCAACUGGCGGCCGACAGGAGAAUGUAGGCUAUGUAGCGUGCUAAAUAUAACUUUACUUGCACAUGUGGGCACCGCACUUUAGUACUGUGUCUGGUUUGGGCUGUAAUCGCACUAUUUUUAGCCAAUCAGAUUGCACGAAUCGUAAAAUCAAAUAAAAGUUGCAUGGCGUGGCUUAGCAAGAUUCAGAUGUAGAACGUUGACUGCAAUGUAAUGUAAUGAAGAUUUGACGUUGACUGCAAUGUAAUGUAUGCAACAUCCACACAUACUUUUGACGUUGACUGCAAUAUAAUGUAUGCAACAUCCACACACAAUUCUGUGUUUAAUAAAAUAUUAACAAGUUUACAGAAUACGAUUUAAUUUUUUAAGAGCAAAUUAUGUCUAUACAUAACCAUACUUAAUUCAGCAGUGAGUGCUCAUGGGAACAUCAUACCAUUUUGGGGUAAAUACUGCGUAUAUUCUGUCAGGUCUAACCAUGCUUAUAAGAUUGCGCGGUAAAUUUAAAUACCAUUUGAUCACCUAAUUAAUUGGCUUAAAUUUACCGAUAUUCAAAAACAUGUACUAACCUUGUAUAAUCUUGUCAUGCAUGCUAAACUUAGGACAUGGUACAAGAACGUGCUGCAUGGGUUCUUGAAAAGGACGACGAAUGAGCAUCAUCUGACGGGGCCCAGCCUCAAUGACGGAUAGAUCCAGAUUCUGGUGCAUGAGUGGAUUACAGAUCGAACAUGAAACAUUGCAGACGCUAAUUAAUCUUUUUUCCCCCAAACAAUUUGGGGGGGGGGAGUAAAAUAAAUUUUCAGACAUACUAUUUUUUGUUAACCUCCGAAUCAAUGCACUAUAAUUUUUUGGGUAAUAUUUUCGUUAAUUUAUAUUUUCAAAUUAUAAAUUGUAAUAUCUUAAUCGUCAUUUUCAAAAUUAAAAUCUAUAAUCUUUGUUUUUUCCAAUGUUUUAAUUUUAGGGGCCCAUGAUGGCAGGGGUCCACAUCUUCAAGGUUAUUCAAAAAAGCUUUAUUACAGUAAUCAAGUUUUUUAGCUCUCAAUCUUGAGCUUAAAUUGAGGCCGUGUCGUCGUGUUUACGUCAUCUUUUCUAAAUCUGUCUUAUACACACCAAAAAAGCUCGAAAGUAUUUACAAGUCUGCAACAAAUUGUUACAAGUCGGUUCAAAGUUGUCAACAAGUUGUUUUCGCACUGCUUGUUCCCAGUUGUUUGGAACAAUCUGUUGACAACUAGUAACAUGCUUGAUGGCAUUAUCAGACUUGUCACAAGGUUGCUCUAACAAAUCUGAUACAGUCGUGAUAAACAAGAAUGUGACUAGGUUGACGACACAAGGUUGUAACAAUACUGCUAUAUCAUGACUGCAUCGGACUUGUUGAAACAACCUUGUAACAAGGCUGAUAAUAUCAACAAGGUUGUUACCAAUUGUUAACAGCUUGUUCCAAACUUGUUGACAACUUGUGAGAAGCAGUGGAAGACAACUUGUUGACGGCUUGUUGACAAAACAAGACGUGAGAUUUUUGCGCGUGUUGUAGACCGAAUUUCAGGGUAGCCGGACAUUUUGCCGAAAGACACUUUGCCGAAAGACACUUUGCUGAAAGACAUUUUGCCGAACGGACAUUUUGCCGACGGUCAUUUUGCCGAACGGAUGUUUUGCCGAACAGACAUUUUGCCGAACGGACAACUUGCCGAAAAUAAAGAUGUUAUUUCGGCAAAAUGUUUGGGACUGUGACUCAUUUCUCAACCUUCUAAUUCUCAACCAUUGUGUAAAAUAACCAUUAUAUGGUCAUUAGCAGUGCACAAAUGGCUCAUUAGCAGUGCACAAUGGUCGUUAGCGGUGCAUAACCAUAUUGAUUAUUGGUAGCUUGUUUGUGCAGCGGAUGACUCAUUUGUUAGGAACGUGUUUUGACGUCAGAUCGUAAACAAACAAGCGUAUAUAAAGACGACGUAAGCGAAUUUCAUUUCGAGAAUCAUGGAAUACAUUCACAGUUCUCGGAGAAAUCACAAUCAUGAAUGAUGUUGAAUGAUGUUAUUCUUUAUAUCGCGAAUUUUCGGUAAACUUGUCAAAAACGUGAAAGAAUAUAAAACGAAACUAUACUUCACUAUCAAAGCUUCUGUCAUCAAAAUCGACAAUUAAUGACUUUAAUCACAGAAACCUUGACCGUGUAAGAGAACAUUUAAAGUUCAGAAGAUAUCUCUAUUUUCGGCAAAGUGUCCGUUCUUCAAACUGUGUCCGUUCGGCAAAAUGUCCAUUCGGCAAUAUAUCCGUUCGGCAAAACGUCCGUUCGGCAAAACGUCCGUUCGGCAAAAUGUCUUUCGGCGAAAUGCCUUUCGGCAAAGUGUCUUUCGACAAAAAGUCCGGCCACCGAAUUUCAGUGCAGAUUCUUAUACCCUAUAGUUCUGUGCAGUGUUCUUUCGUGUUGUCUUUUAUUGUAUUUUUAAAUCACUAUUUAACUAAAAUGGAUUGAUUGAUACAUUUCAAACUAACGAAGCGGCACAGAUCGUGCGACGACUCAGAAACGUGACAGCACAAAGUUGUCUCGACUAUCUAAAACGAGGUGUUAAAACCAACGGUUACUAUAGUAUCAAAAACUACGGAACGGACGGAUGGGUCCACACAGUUUAUUGUGACUUCGAGACCGAGCCAGGAUUUGCGUGGACUUUGGUCGAAUCAUUUGCAUUGAAAAACAAAUUUCUGCCUGCGUUUUACAACCAUCCACUCAAAGUCAAUGCCCCUGUGAACCCCAACUCUCCGAACUGGAAUCUUUUCCGAAUGUCUUUCCUACAAAUGAGUCGAUUAAGAGCGCAGUCAACUCACUGGGAAGUCACUUGCUCUUUCCAAACAAACUCUGUUGAUAUUUACCGAGAUUAUGCCAGGGCAAGCUUCAAGGAGUUUGACGUAUUAGAUUUUGUGGGUGUUAAAGUAUGUAAAAAGAUGGAGUACAUCAAUAUCCGCGGUCAACAGUGUACACAAUGUACGGUAGGUUGGUUUGCAAAGCUCAACCAAUGGGCACUUCAUAUCGACGGUCCUGCUUCGACAACUUGUCAGUUCAAGCCAGGGAAAGAUGCUGUAUUCACUGAGGAUAGCUUCGGUCAUUACUGGGCAACAAAUAAGAAAUUUCGUUGUACCACAUCGCCGGAUGCCACAACGAACUAUUGGUUCGGUGGUUAUUCCUAAACACUUGUUGCAUUGCAUGACUUAUAUUGUUUGUGCUACCAUACGACUUGUAUGUUAACGUAUAAUUAUAAAUUUAAUAACUAACGAUGUUCAUUUAUACUAUAGUUAUAUUCUUAUUUCCUAAGAUUUGCACGUUGAUUCGUAUAGUAUUAAAUGGUUAACUAUCGAUAUUAUUGUAAACGAACAUUUUAUUUGUAAAGUUAAUGCUAAGUGUAAACAAAAGCUUUGAGAUAAUAAUUUUGGUUGCAUUUCUUUGUCUGUUUUUCUGUCUUUAUUUACCAAAGUUUAACACGAAAUUUAAUUUAUUAAAGUCCAUGCAUAAGCCCACAAACUGUUAAUUUGCAACAACGAUUCGCAACAUAACGGGUUCCGGAAUCAAUUAAAUUUCGCGUGAAUUUACUUCAGUGGGUAGCAUCGCCUUAAAAAGCAAUCGCGGUAUCUGUUGCCAGUCCAAGCACAUAUUUAAGGUGGCUACCUACAGUUAUAGUCCAGUUUAAAACAUUUAUACAGCUCUGACGUCAUGCUCGCGACUAGCGCGUGGAGUCUUCGUGACCCGGUAAAAAUCUUGAAACAAGUCGCGGAAAGUUGAACAAUACGUAUGUUUUUAGCUGGUUUUUACCUACCUUCAGUGUGUUUUCUUAUAUAUUUAAUACGUUCAGUACUGUAUUUCAUAAUGCUCACAAUGUUCAACACUGACAGUGUCGCGGACGGAAAUGAUAUUUUAUACAGUCUUCAAGGCCCUCGUGAACUGUCACUGAAUCUUACGUAAGCCCUGUCAUUCCACUCAGUUCGCAUGUCGUUUUUUAUCUGCUGAAUCUAAUAAAACUAUAAUUCAGACAGUUACGAGUUGUUUUAUACGAAAAAUCAAACUCUACUUGAAUGUCUUGAAAAGUUUUCACACCGAUUUUCGCAACAAAACUAAAUUUAAGAAACGUCAGAUUAAGUCAGUGCGUUAUUGUGUUCUCAAAUUUUCGUAUUUUGAACACAUAUAUAUAUCUUUUACUUUCAUUUCAAAUAAGUAAAAAAUAUCUGUGUGGUACAUAUAAGCCAAAAACUCCAAGUGAAAAUUGCUAAAAAAGCCAACUAUAAAGCGUACGCGUUUCGUGUUCCACACACAUUAUAUUUUACACGCAUGCGCAAAUAGUGAUCAUGUCGAUUCGAUAUGUUGUCACGUCAUCAGCUUCAACUGGAUUUAGGACUAUUUUUCUCUCGUUUCCUUGGGUGAAAAUUGUUUAAACUUUGCAAGUUUGCUAAGCAUGACGAUUCGCCAAACAUAUCAAAAUUUCAAGAAAUUCUAUAACCCAGCGGGCAAAAUGACGUUUAUCCAAAUGACCUCCCAGACGUUGGAUAAAGGGUUGACUAUGCAAAUUUGAUCGUCGUUACUGUUACGACGUUGAUACAACGUUGAAAUUAGGUUGCCAAUCUCGUCAACCAUAAUUCAACGUUGAAUCCAUUGGUUCACAAAUCGACGUCGUACAUUUAACCAUGAAUGGAAGUUAAUUCAACGUCUGUUGGCUGCUGUUGAACCAAUGUUUGUAAAACAACGUCAGAGCAACGUAGAUAUUAGGUUGUCGACGUCGCAACCUUUUUUCUAACCAAAUUUCAACGUUGAAACAACGUCGUGUGCCCGGUGGGAAGACAGUUUUUUUGCUGUCGUUAUAUUGAUAUUCAUGAAUAUGUCAUAACCUGUCAUAUAAACAUCCCUUCAAAUUUUAAUAAGUCAUUUCUCUUUCAACCAUAAAUUUAAAAAAAAAUUCAGAAAAAUUGACUGAAGAAAAAAAAGAUAUUGCCGUUUGAUUGUAAAAUUAGACAAUAAAAGUGCAAAAGAUGAAACAUCAUGGAUAUGGUUGCCAUGUAAACACUAACACUGUUCCUAUUUGUUCAUAUAUGGACAGCAGAAGACUUCUGAACGCUCCUGGAAAUGAUUAUAUUGUCUUGUCUUAAGUGUGUUCAUUUAAAAUUUGGUUGAAAACGAAGGUUACCUAAAAUACUUAAAAUUUUAGAAAAUUGUAGGGAGCCACCGUAAUUAACAUAAUUAUAUAUGGACAUGUUCUCUGACCGUUGCAUUUAUUUAUCACAAGCUUUGGGCCUCCUUACUAUUGCCUUCCAAGGAGUGUCCUUCAUGUCGUGUGUUGUGGGCUAAAUUAAAGGUCGUGAUUCGUGAGUAAAAUGUUGUGUGUCAUGGGUUCUCUCUGCUGAACCCACACGUGCAUCAAAGCUUGAGGUUAAGUAAAUUUUAUUCAUAAAAAAAACCGUUUAAGAAGCUGUUUUAAAUUCCCAAGAGUAGAAAAUCGUGCGCUUGACAAAGAUAUUUUAAUUUCUUAAUAAGUCAAUACUUAAUAUAUGCAUGCCCUUGUCAAUAUUUUACGCAUCUUUGCGUUAAGCUUAGUGCUAUAGGGCAUUCAAAUUUUAACAGUAUGGUAUUUCAAUGGUUUUGCGGGUUUUUUGGGACGCCUGUGUACCGCGAAGUAAUAACAAUGAGCUGGUCACGUGGUCAGCUAUUAACGAUUGUGAUUGGUUACUUUUCAAGAAUGUCUAGAUGUUUUGAUAUCUUAGCAUCAGCCACACACGUUCGUCCACGCGUUAUUCAUUCAUUGUCUAUACCGUGAGUCUCUUGGUGUACCACAUAAAGACAAGUGCUGAAGGAAGUGGUCCUCAUAUGAGCUCCUGUUCGCUGCAAGUCACAACUGUACAAUCAACAACGUGGCAGACUAGCUACUUUAGACAUAAAUUCAGGUAAAUUCUAAUCUCGGUUGUUCAGUUUGUGCAAUACCUUUUAACUACCAUUAAUACUUCUUAUAUUAUCUAAUAUUGCGCUUUUUCAGAUUCUUUUCAUGCAUCAUGAAUUUUAAAGCUUUACUCAUUGUUUUGACUGUCGUUUGUCAGGUAAGCUGUUCUAAUAGAAAUUUUAGUUUUCACUAUACUAGUUACUUCAUGUUUCUGCCCCAUGGCCAUGCAGCAGUAGCUACGAGUCCACUGGAAAAGAAUAAAUACGGGAGACUUGUGCAAUACUAUUUUAUUCAAGAAUAUAUACAAUAUAUGCACGAUCUAACCAUGCUUAUGUCAGCAGUGAGUUUUAUACCAUGUCCGUUUGGUUGAACCACGUUUAAGUCCGUAUUGAGUUUUUUACAACAACAGAUCACUUUUAGAGUAAUUCAUUUUAAAGCGAUCGUUCACAACAAGGCGUGUAUUACCACGGGCUCUGCAUUAUCUAACCGUGCCAGUAAACUUGGGGCCAACGUGCAGCCUCACUGGUCAGUUAACUCGGCCUUUUCCGGCUAAGCCGCCCUGUAAAAUAUUAAGGUAUUAUCGUAUAGUCCGUGUGUUGUGACCCGAUAUCGUUCACUUUCAUUAAGCAUGUCUUAGAUCUGAAAUAUUUUGACGGGAACCAACACUUUCAAGCACGCUGAGUUCAAAUCCGAAAAGUUCCCACUCCGUAGACCCGCAGUUUUCUUACAAAUUGCUGUUUUAUCUUCAAUAAUAAUUACACGACAAAUUUUUCAUUGUUCAACGACACGGAUCGAUGACGAUUCACGAAAUAUGUCACUCAAAAGGACCAAUUUCUAUUAAGCAGUGUUCCUUUUAACAAAAGACCGGUUUUGCUCGAAUCAUUUUGAGUUAUGCAAUCUUAUGCGUGUUCGACGUAAACAACAUAUCUUGUCUACAACUUUGAGAAAGUACAAAUAACGCUGUCUAAAAUCCUCAUGCAGUUCUAGAGAUAUCUCUAUAAAAUCACAAGGACAUUAAUGCGAAGUCUUUUGGCUAUGUCACUGAAAAUAUUUCAGAUCUAAGACAUGCUUAACGAAAAUCGUUUUCUAGGCACAUUUUUGAGGUCAUAACACACGGACUAGUAGAGACAAAAAAUUAAUUAUCUGAAGAAUUAUGAGUUGGCUAUCUUUUUAUGAGCAAAUUCUUUAACUAUAUGAUGUUUGUGAUGAUACUCUGAGUCAUGAUAUCCACACCUGGCGGGCUUGAAAAAUAUGCCCGGCAACGGUAGGAAUCAAAUCUUCGACCUUUGGAAUACUAGCCAAUACUAUCGAAGGAACUAGAUUCUGUUCCGAAUAUCGAAGGACCUAGAUUAUACUAUCGAAGGAACUAGAUUCUGUUCCGAAAUAUCACUUAGUCGAAUCGUCCUGACCGCGUAGCUCAGUUGGCAGAGCAUUGGGCUGGUAUUCCAAAGGUCGUAGGUUCGAUUCCUACCGUGGCCGGGCAUAUUUUUCAAACCCGCCCGGUGUGGAUAUACACUCAGAGUAACAUCACAAACAUCAUAUUCACACCUGAGUACACAACACCCACACAGAAAAAAAUUCUUUAACUGUUGGUACACAUGAAAAGAAUAGUCAUUUUUUGCAUUAUGCUUAACGACAGAUCCGAUAAUUUUACAUGCAACGCAAUUCGCGUUUUUUCAAGACAUAACUUAUUGUCACGGAAAUAAAUAAGACAAUGCAUUACGACAGGUAGGGGUAAAGUUGGAUAGCUUUCCAUUUAAUGACCUGACCCGACAGACCCGAAUUCUUUUCUCUGUAUCAAAGGGAACAUCUGGUCUAUGUUUCCCAAAUAUCUAGCGAAAAUGAACCUCAUUCUAAUGUUAUGUAAAUAUUCCGGUCAGAUAGUCCGCAGCCCAAAUGUUUUGUGUUCUGUUCAACAAUUUGACCUUCCUGACCGGUCUGGUCGUGUUAAUGGAAAGCGCCCUUAGGCUUAGUUGAAAUUCAUGCACACAGCGUAAAAUAGCGGCCGAUAAUAAUGCAAUUACAUGAACCAUAUAAUUAAUAGAAUAGAUGGUUUGGAAACUCAUUGGAAUAGCAAUAUAUAUAAUUAUCUCAUUAUCUAUAUAUUCAUACUGCAUGUAAAUCUGGUCGUUCACCGUUAGUGCGUAUUGUAUUUCUGCCCAACUACCCAAUAUCAAUGUCUUAGGAAAGUCACCUGCACAAGGUGUAACACAUAUCUGUUUAAAUAUAUCUAUAAUGGUAAUUGCACUGAGUGGAGUGCAAUUUGGUCUGGAUUAAUUGACCGCGAAGCGCGCGGGAGUGCGAAUUGUAAUCACAAGUUUGAUUUCAGACCAAAAUUGCACGACACGAAGUGCAAUUUCCACUUUAUUAUCAUUUUGAAAUCUUACUUUUAAAUAAUUGUGUAAAACGGAAACAGUUCUUUUUUUACAAAGACGCCUUCCUAAUACUUGCCUAAAUGCCGUUGCGUAGCAACAAGCGAAUAAGUUGAACUUUCUUUAAACAUACUAUAGGUUUUUUAGCAAUUUGAUAGGGUUUUGAUGCGGUUUGUUCAUUCAAAUAUCAACAAAUUAUACCAUUUACGAAUUACCUUGUUUAGUUUAUUUGCCUGUAGCUUUAUUAAGUUACUUUUUGUUGGUAUUUUAAUUCGCCAUUCUUUCACAACGAUUUUGUUCCCACUAUACCUGUAAAAAUUGGCCAAGAUGGCAAUACUCUGAUUUGUUUAUUUUGCUCAAUUUACCGGAUAACAUUUUUCUUAAAAUUGACUGGCUAAAAACAGGUGGGAAAUUUGUCUGAGCAUGCGCGAGCAAAAUGAGUCACGCAAUUGCACGCAAUACACGCAACGCGUGUUUACAAAAAGGCACAAUCGUAUAAACAUUGCCAAAUGUUUGUACAAAGUAAAUGACUGUUUUAUGUUGAAAAUGGACAUGAUCUAAAUUAAUCAUACAGAAUUUUUUAGUGAUGUUCUAUUUCAGUACGUACCCUGGCAUUGUCUCUGGUGGGCUGUCCGUGUGCAUUCGAUCUGAAACAGUUGCUACUUUGCUGUCGAAAAAUUUCGAAUGUUUACAUGAAAAUAGAGGCAAGUCAUGCAUUUUACAACCUCGUAAACUGUAUGAGCCCCUAUUUUUACGCUUAUACCUAAGAUAUCAAAUAAAAAUACAUGAAACAGAGAACAUUUUCAGAGAGUUUUAUCGUGAGGCCACGGCCAGUUUUUAAAAUAUUUUUAUUUCUGUUCCGGUCAUCACCAAAAUUACACUAAAGCCGAGCUUGAAUAUACAACAAAUUUUGAAUCUCAUGAAGUACAAAAAUAUUUAACGUGUAACCAAAAUAUGCUCAUGAAGUCGAAUUUAAUAGCUAAAUUUUCAAGCUAGACCCUUCUCGAAGCGGUUUUCACGAAGGAAGUUCACAUUUCGGCCUUUGAUUCGUGGCAAAAAUUUGACCACAACACGUGCGAAGCAACUGGGUCUCAAAGACUCAGCUAAAACAUUGUGAGCCCCUAUUUUCCUGACGAUAUGUUUGAUACCUACAAACGCCGAAAAGUUUUUUCUUUUCAUGUAGCUAUAUUUGAAAUUGAGGCCACGGGCUAUUUUUGAGAAAAUACAGUUCAAAGUCAAGCUAUCUUUACAUAUUUCAAAAUUUGUCAAAUUUCGCGAGCUUGUAUUUUGAACUUAGACAGCUGAAGUUACAUUAAGAAACAUAGGAUGGACAAUUAGAGGCAUAUAAAGUUAAUUUCAACUUACAUUUCAUUCUCAUAUCACGUCUUUCUUCGUUUAUUACGGUUUUAAACAAGCCACAGAUCGACGUAUACGGUAUUUACUCCCAUGUUCACGUCGCCAUAUUAACUUCUUCCAAUCAUUCGAUUACAAAACAAAUUAUCCCAAAACAAAGAAUUCAUAGUCGACUUUUAAAAGAAUAACCGUUAAUUCGUAAAUCGUUGAAUGGAAAGCAAAAAAUCGUCAGCUAAACCAGCUUCUUGCUAACUUUCUGCUUUGUUUUGAAUGUAAAUGCAAUGAGCUUCGUUUCUGCCCGCGAUUUUUUGGUCAGCGACGACAAAUUUCCCACCUGUUCUGGCUAAAUGAAUUCUGCACUUUCCGAUGAUUGGCUGGCUACCGGUCACCACUUCAACACGAUUGGUUUUAAAAUGAUGCUAUAAUGACAACUCAUGUUGAUGCGAGCAAAGCUCAAAGUAAUUGGAUUAUAGCUCUAAAGCCUUGAUUCCACGAGCGCUUUUUGUCAGAGAAAUGCGAAAUAUUUCAGUGCUUUUUUGAACUAUAUGUCUGGGACGGCAAUUAUCCCCCCCCCCCACGGAAAAAAAUUGCCCUCCGAGUAAAGUCAUUUCUGCCCCCGAAGUGCGAAGCAGAAUUUCUCAUGAUUGCUGUUAGAAUUGCAGUUGAUUUACUUGAUAAUGAGAUUAUGCCCUUCCGUAGCCUACUCCACAGCCAUCUUGAGUGUAAUUCAUAUUGUUCUUCACCGAGCAUGUCAUAAUAGCGAUACAUUUCAUGCAAACAAUCCGAGAAAAUGCUAGCCUUUCCAAGCCUUGCGACUAUUUCCUAGCACUCUCCUCCGCAGAAGCGUUGUGUUUUGUUUUGGGAGGUUUUAUUGCAAAAUUUUUUUCUUAAAAAUAUCAAGUUAUAUUAAGAGACCUCCCCCCCCCCCCCCCAACCAUUCUCUCGAAAGGCUAAAUACGUAGAGAAUUUGGUGGGUGGGGGGGGGGGGGGAGGGGGUACAGGUUAGAUGCUGGAAGCUGAAACUGAUUAAACACGUCUCGACUGAGGAAAAAGACGAUAUACUGGAGGAACUUGAUUUGUGAAAUCUCGUUAAAGCAGUUGUAGAUAUGGUUCCAAGAAGAAUAAAUUUAGUUUAGAUAUUUAACUGUUAAAUACAUGUAUGCAUCAUAGCAUGAAUAUUUCUUCUCAGACUUACUCUGUAUCGCAUGAAAAAGCAACGGAAUUUUGAGAAUGCGGAAAUGGUGUUUCAUAGAACCUAAAAUGAUUUAAUUGCAACAUUUCUGAUCAAAAUCACAUUGGGAUCUCCCGCCAGCAUCACAGAGAGGAAAUAGGUUGACACUGACACCUCCUCCUAUUUUUCAAGGUGACUUUACCAAUUUAUUUAAUUCCGAGUUAAUUAAUUCUACGAUUAUAGCUACAAAUAUUUGAAGUUAUUGUUUAAUGUAAAAUAUAGCUGAAGUUAAUAAAUUAAAGUUUCACAAAAUCUCUCUUCAGACUCGCGCCAGUCGCGCGUUCGCCAAACCUCGACGGCUCAUAUUUUUCGUUCUGCCUUUUUUCAUGUUUUGCCCCCUCCCGCCCCCAGUGAAAAUGCCUUAAAAAAGGCACUGAAAUAUUUCGCCUGUUUCUUUUGAAUAAUGAGCAAUCAAGUAGAAAUAAUUUAUUCGAGUGGUCGCAAUUCAAAAGAAACGGCGAAAUAUUUCGCAUUUCGCUGACAAAAAGCGCUCGUGGAAUCAGGGCUUAAAGCAGUGCGCGCGAUUGCGGUGCAGAAGUUUGGCACCGCAUUAUAUCCUGCCGGCCUGUGAGUUUGUUUGUCCGUUUGUUAGUUUGUCCGUUUGUUAAUUUCCUUAAUCGCCCAGUAAAAAUUCCUUACACGUGCUCGAAAUUUAUUCAUUUUUGCGGGGAAUUAAUUGAUCUUGGACUCUCAGGACCGACUGUUUGCUGGGCUUUAUGCCUUUAUCUCUGGUCUUGUGCGCCAAACAAGGGCAAAAAUACCACUGUUCGAGUCAGCGUAAACCUUUGUAUUUAUGGAUGGAAAUUGAUUUCAAAAUUGGUUUCAAUUCGAGCGAUUCGUGGCUUUUAAAAAGACAAGCCGCUCAAAAUAAUCCUUUCAUGUUUUCUGAAUUCCUUUUUUCGAGGAAAGUUUUCUUUCCAAUUAAUCUCGGAUUCUGCCUUAUCUCUGGUUUGUGCGCCCAAUAAGGACAAAAAUACCACCGUUCGAUUCAGCGUAAGAAAUUGUACUUAUGGGUGUCAGAUGUAUUAUACUAAACAACAGUAUUCUAGAGAUUUAUAGCCUUUGAAAAUCAAGCGAAAUUGUAUUGGUGACAAAUCCCUCAAAAUUAUUAAACUAAUUAAAAAUGCCGUCCAUUUGAUCCUUCCUAACUUUGGUAUCGUUGACUUUCUCUUUUCGGCCUUCUACCAGUGUAUUCGUCUCACUUUUCUCUUCAUUUUGAUAGUAUUUUGAGCCCAAAAAAUUUUGCUGAUUUUGAAGGCUUUAAAACGCAGUUUUGAUCCUAACGUAUACGGACCAACUGGCGGCCGACAGGAGAAUGUAGGCUAUGUAGCGUGCUAAAUAUAACUUUACUUGCACAUGUGGGCACCGCACCUUAGUACUGUGUCUGGUUUGGGCUGUAAUCGCACUAUUUUUAGCCAAUCAGAUUGCACGAAUCGUAAAAUCAAAUAAAAGUUGCAUGGCGUUGCUUAGCAAGAUUCAGAUGUAGAAACUUUUGACGUUGACUGCAAUGUAAUGUAUGCAACAUGCACACACAAUUCUGUUUUUAAUAAAAUAUUAACAAGUUUACAGAAUACGAUUUAAUUUUUUAAGAGCAAAUCAUGUCUAUACAUAACCAUACUUAAUUCAGCAGUGAGUGCUCCUGACAACAUCGUACCAUUUUGGGGUAAUUACUGCUUAUAUACUGUCAGGUCUAACCAUCGUUAUAAGAUUGCGCGGUAAAUUUAAAUACCAUUUGAUCACCUCAUUAAAUUGCUUAAAUUUACCGAUAUUCAAAAACAUGUACUAACCUUGUAUAAUCUUGUCAUGCAUGCUAAACUUAGGACAUGGUAAAAGGACGUGCUCCAUGGGGUCUUGAAAAGGACGACGAAUGAGCAUCAUCGGACGGGGCCCAGCCCCAAUGACGGAUAGAUCCAGAUUCGGUGCAUGAGUGGAUUACUGAUCGAACAUGAAACAUGCAUGCAGACGCUAAUUAAUCUUUUUUCCCCAAAUAAUUUGAGGGGGGCGGGGGAUGGGAGUAAAAUAAAUUUUUACACAUACCAUUUUUUGUUAACCUCCAAAUCAAUGCACCAUAAUUUUUGGGGUAAUAUUUUCGUAAAUUUAUAUUUUCAUAUUAUAAAUUGUAAUAUCUUAAUCGUGAUUUUCAAAAUUAAAAUCUAUAUUCUUUAUUUUUUCCAAUGUUUUAAUUUUAGGGGCCCAUGAUGGCAGGGGUCCACAUCUUUAAGGUUAUUCAAAAAAGCUUUAUUACAGUAAUGAAGAUUCUUAGCUCUCAAUCCGGAGCUGAAAUUGAGGCCGUGUCGUCGUGUUUACCUCAUCUUUUCUAAAUCUGUCUUAUACACACCAAAAAAACGCGAAAGUUGUUACAAGUCUGCAACAAAUUGUUACAAGUCGGUUCAAAAGUUGUCAACAAGUUGUUUUCGCACUGCUUGUUCCCAGUUGUUUGGAACAAUCUGUUGACGACUACUAACAUGCUUGAUGGCAUUAUCAGACUUGUCACAAGGUUGCUCUAACAAGUCUGAUACAGUCAUGAUAAACAAGAAUGUGACUAGGUUGACGACACAAGGUUGUAACAAUACUGCUAUAUCAUGACUGCAUCGGACUUGUUGAAACAACCUUGUAACAAGGCUGAUAAUAUCAACAAGGUGGUUACAAAUUGUUAACAGCUUGUUCCAAACUUGUUGACAAUUUGUGACAAGCAGUGGGAAGACAAUUUGUUGACGGCUUGUUGACAAAACAAGAUGCGAGAUUUUUGCGUGUGUUGUAGACCGAAUUUCAGUGCAGAUUCUUAUACCCUAUAGUUCUGUGCAGUGUUCUUUAGUGUUGUCUUUUAUUGUAUUUUUAAAUCACUCUUUAACUAAAAUGGUUUGAUUGAUACAUUUCAGACGAACGAAGCGGCACGGAUCGUGCGACGACUAAGAAACGUGACAGCACAAAGUUGUCUCGACUAUCUAAAACGAGGUGUUAAAACCAACGGUUACUAUAGUAUCAAAAACUACGGAACGGACGGAUGGGUCCGCACAGUUUAUUGUGACUUCGAGUCCGAGCCUGGAUUUGCGUGGACUUUGGUCGAAUCAUUUGCAUUGAAAAACAAAUUUCUGCCUGCGUUUCACAUCCAUCCACUCAAAGUCAAUGCCCCUGUGAACCCCAACUCACCGAACUGGAAUCUUUUCCGAAUGUCCUUCCUACAAAUGAGUCAAUUAAGAGCGCAGUCAACUCACUGGAGAGUCACUUGCUCUUUCCAAACAAACUCUGUCGGAUAUUUACCGAGAUUAUGCCAGGACAAGCUUCAAGGAGUUUGACGUCUUAGAUUUUGUUGGUGUUAAAGUAUGUAAAAAGAUGGAGUACAUCAAUAUCCGCGGUCAACAGUGUACACAAUGUACGGUAGGUUGGUUUGCAAAGCUGAAGCAAUGGGCACUUCAUAUUGACGGUCCUGCUUCGACAACUUGUCAGUUCAAGCCAGGGAAAGAUGCUGUAUUCACUGAGGAUAACUUCGGUCUUUACUGGGCAACAAAUAAGCAAUUUCGUUGUACCACAUCACCUGAUGCCACAACCAACUAUUGGUUCGGUGGUUAUUACUAAACACUUGUUGCAUUGCAUGAAUUAUAUUGUUUGUGCUACCAUAUGACUUGUAUGUUAACGUACAAUUAUACAAUUAAUACCUAACGAUGUUCAUUUAUACCAUAGUUAUAUUCUUAUUUCCUUGAUUUGCACGUUGAAUCGUAUAGUAUUAAAUGGUUAACUGUCGAUAUUAUUGUAAACGAACAUUUUAUUUGUAUAGUUAAUGCUAUUAAGUGUAAACAAAAGCUUUGAGA